AUGGGAACCACUCUGAUAGGGUCGAUGGCGUUAUUCCUUUUAUCACUGUCAACCACCGUCCAACCCGCCGAUCCGUCAUUGCUGGCAGUGCCGGAGGUUCAAGCGCCUUUAAUGAAGAACGCCUUGCAGCCCGUCGAAAGUCGGACGAGCAAUCACUUUUACAAACCAUACAGUUUAUUCGGUGAACAACUAUCUCAUAUCAGUGAAGAGGAUGCCAGUAUGUUACAGCGCAUGUCCAGUCAGCAAAGGCCGACCUCGCUCGCCAGUCGACUCUCUUACGGUUCUCGUACCACGACUGCAGGGUUUGCCUACUACAUCGAUUAUCCAUGGAUCGCAGCUUCUCGAACCCCAAUCACACGAACCUCCACGACCCCCAACAAUGGACCUGAAUGCCAACCUAUUGUUUUACCCUCUUUGGAAUUAGCGCUUUUACCACUUUCAUCGUGCGAAGCGCCGAUGGCGGUUCUCAUGACACUUUGGCCGCCCUUGCGGUUCCCACCCGAUGAAGAAGAACUGAUCUAUUCAUACCCGAUUGCUGUUUCUGCCGCCACCCAGUAUUCCUUGAUACUGUCCAUGGCAUUGCUAGGCAUGGCAUGGGCCAUGAUGAAUUCAUUUCUAUUUCUGUACUUGUACGACAGCUUGCAUCUUCCGAUGUAUACCGUAGGCAUCAUUGGCGCCGUCACCGCCGUCACCGAUACGUUAGCGAAAGCAUCAUCGAUGCGGUUGACUCGCCGUUUCAACGUCAAUCUCAUGAUUGGGUUGCUGCAUCUUGAUAUCAUCCUGUGCGCAUUCAUAUACACAUGGCUGCAGCCUGACCAUAUGGCGACACAAAUAGCGGCGCUGGUGUUGCAAAUUGUCCAAACUCUCGCCUUUCAUCUUAUUUGGUUAAUCGCAUAUCAACAAGUGGACGAUAUACUGUUUGUGAACGAGCAGCGGAUGUUCCUCCGCGGAGUCAUGUCCGCACUGUAUGCUAGUUUAGGCCCCGCUAUGGGAGUCCUUGUCGUGGGACUUUUGGUCAACGAGGAUGUGAAAGCGGACAUGGCUUUGCAAGGAUUUCAAAGCGUUUACCAAUCUGUCGUAGGUCUCGUCGCUUUCAGCUCCGUUGUCUCAUGGGGAUGGACCUCCUCACUCUCCGUGUAA